AGCUGUUUAUCUUAUUCUUCACUGUUACUGUGAUGGAACCAAGCCAUGUGUCUUGUAGAUCAAGCACCAUGCUGGGCUUUCCAAGGGCACAGUGCAAUUUUCAGUGCACCAGUUUCAUUUGAAAUAUUUUUCAUGAUUAUUGACUUAAGAUGUGCCAACAGGAGAGAAACAGGAAAUGAAACUAAUGCAGCUCUGAAGUGAAGCCACCCGUAUCAGUAGCAGUGUUGCAAGUAAACAGAUCAAGAAAAGUUAACAUGUGGCAAGUACUUGAUUCAAGGAGGAAAAUUGUGUAAGUGAUCGAGGUGUCAUUUCAUGUGUCAUUUCUGGCAGUGGGAAUUUCAUUCUUAAGUGUUAGAUUUGGGUAGGCUUUUCUCUUGGAAAGUAUAUAAUUUGCUUUUCUCCUUGCAGGCAAUCACUUUGGUUAUUUAUCUAAGUGUGACAUAUUUGUCAAGCCAGAGCCAAUGGAUAAGCUGCCAUCCCAAAUUUCACACAAAAUCACUCGCAUCCUGGCCAAUCUUUGGGAACAGCUUGGUGGCUAAUUCUUUAUAUGGCUAAUUCUAUGCCUUUAAAUUAACCCUCCAUUUGUUUUUCUGUCAGGUGCUGCACCAAGCAUGGAGAAUGACCAGUCUUCCACCUCACCUGGGCAGGACAUCCAGGGGCAGAGUGGGGACAAACCUGCCCCCAGCCUGCCAUCCCCUGCUCCAGCCCCCACAGAGCAGCCAAGUGCCUGGCCCGAAGCAGCUGUGUGUGACAUCUCAGAGGAGUUGAGCCGGCAGCUGGAGGACAUCAUUAAAACCUACGGGUCUGCCACGAGCCUGAUGGAGAAGGAAAGCACUGCUACAGGAACUGACAGGCCUGAGAAGGGAGAGCCAGGCAGCUUGGAGGAUGCAGAGUAUGAAGAUGGAAAUGAAGAGAGUGAGAAAGAGAAGCUGGCUCCUGGGGAUGCUUCCAAAGCAAAGGAGCCCAGCGGCAACAAGGAGCAGAAGCUGGAGAAGAAAAUCCUGAAGGGACUAGGAAAAGAAGCCACCCUACUGAUGCAAAGUUUGAAUAAACUGAAUACUCCAGAAGAAAAGCUGGACCUGUUGUUUAAGAAGUAUGCUGAGCUGCUUGAAGAACAUCGUGCUGAGCAGAAAAAGCUGAAGUACCUACAAAAGAGACAGGCCCAGAUCACCAAGGAGAAGGACCAGCUGCAGAGUGAGCAUAGCCGAGCCAUCCUCGCCCGUAGCAAGCUCGAGAGCCUGUGCCGAGAGCUCCAGAGGCACAACAAGAACCUCAAGGAGGAAACAAUCCAGCGGGCACGGGAGGAAGAUGAGAAGAGGAAAGAAAUAACUAAUCACUUCCAGGGCACACUGAGUGAAAUCCAGGCUCAGAUCGAGCAGCAAAGUGAGAGGAACAUGAAGCUCUGCCAGGAGAACACAGAGCUGGCAGAGAAGCUGAAGAGCAUCAUUGACCAGUAUGAGCUGCGGGAAGAGCACCUUGAUAAAAUAUUUAAGCACAGAGAACUUCAACAGAAACUGGUGGAUGCCAAGUUGGAGCAGUCUCAGGAAAUGAUGAAGGAAGCCGAGGAGCGACAUCAGAAAGAAAAGGAAUAUCUCCUGAACCAAGCUGCAGAAUGGAAGCUCCAGGCCAAAAUGUUAAAGGAGCAAGAGACUGUCCUGCAGGCACAGAUCACUCUCUACUCUGAAAGAUUUGAAGAAUUUCAGAAAACAUUGGCCAAAAGCAAUGAAGUGUUUGCCACAUUCAAACAGGAGAUGGAAAAAAUGACAAAGAAAAUGAAGAAGUUGGAAAAGGAUACUGCUACAUGGAAAUCCAGGUUUGAGAACUGUAACAGAGCAUUACUGGACAUGAUUGAAGAGAAAGCCAUGAGGUCCAAGGAAUAUGAGUGCUUCAUGCUGAAAAUCCAGAGACUAGAGAACCUUUGCCGUGCUCUGCAGGAAGAGAGGAAUGAAUUGUACAAAAAAAUAAAGCAAGCACAGCUCCCAGAAGAGGUGAAUGGAAAUGGUAUCUUAGAAGAAGAAGAUGAAGAAGAUGAUACUGAAACAACCCCUUCCUCCUCUGAGCAGGCGAGCAUUGAGCUGCAUGAGAGUGACAAGAGGAUGCUGAAGCAGCUGGCUGAAGCUUUCAGGGUGUCCCACAAGGCAGAGGAGUCCCUCCCAAGCAACAGCAGCAAUCCAGAGACCUGUGAGACUCAAACACAUAAUGCCAUCCUGGUGCCAGAGCCCCCUGCUUCUCUCAUUCCACAUCCAGAGGCUGGGAAUCACUGUGAGCAGCCCGGCAUGAGCACACCAGCACCCACUGAACACACACCAGCACCCACUGAAAGUAGGACAGUGCCCACUGAGAACAUGUCAAAGCCCACCAAAAGCACACCCUCACUUCCAGGCAGCAUGCCAACACCCACAGAAAGUGUGUCAAUGCCUCCUGAGAGUGUCCUUGUACCCACUGGGAAUAUGCCAAUACCCACUGAAAGCAUGCCAGCGACCCCCAAAAACACGCCCACACCCAUGCAAAACACAUGCCCUUCCCUUGGGAAUAUGCCAGUACCCAUUCAGGGUCCACCAAAAGCUGCAGAAUGUGGAGAUGACUCAGCAGAUAGAUCUGUCCAGGGUCAGUCUGUGGAGCAAACAGGGGACACAGAUAUGGAAGCAGUGGAUUGAAGACACAGUGUGUCCAGGCUUGUCUUCUGCAAACCAGAGCUCUGCUUUGUCUUCUAAAUGGAUACCUUUUUUUUUUUAUAGAAACAAAAAUUGGUUUCUAAAACACACUCUUGUAUUUGUAUGCAAAUGCAAUGCACUUCUCUUUGCUACCACUAUCCAGUAAUAAUGGGUCUGCAAAUUUUGCAGUCCCUCAUCUGCUUGAAGUAUAAUAUUUUCUUAAUGACAUGAAAAUACAAUGAAAUCACAGGAUCUUUUUUUCCCAGGGAUGAUGAGUCAUCUCAUUGAGGAAAAUAAUUUUAGUGUUGCACUUCCAUGUUUCAAAAACCACUGCAAUUCUCAUGCAUAUAUUUAAAGACUUGUAAUUAAUUCUGUCUAUUUAUUUUGACAUUGCAUAAAAGAUGGCCUACUUGGACACACAGUGAUUUUAAUAAAUGAGGUGAAAGGAAUCUGUAAUUACAAAGUAAAAUAGUGAAACCAUAAAUGUGGUUAGCCAUAUCCAAGGAGUGGUGCAACAACCAGAGGUGAAUUUUUGGGCAAGGACAUGACCACUUAGCACUGUAGCCUAAACACCCACAAGCUUUUAGCCUUACCUUCCAUUGGUCUUUUCUGCUCAGUGCUCUAGAAUAGGUUUAGUUUUCAACAGAACUACAGGGAAAGGGAAAAGAUCUUUUCUAGAUUCACAUAAAAUAACUGAAAACAACAGCAAUUUCCAAAUUGGUGGCAGUUCCCAGGGGUCACAACUCUCUUUCUACAUCUGACAGAAAACUGUUUCAUUGUCACACUGUUUGGAAUCACAAGGCUGACAAUGGGGAUCAUGCCUGUUUCCAGCUUACAAAUGAGGUUCAAAGUUCAGAAGUUGGUUGCAGAUCCCAAUUUCAAGGCAAGGAGCAGAAAGCAGAGUGGAAGGUACCAGGAUGUAUUCCAGAAGAAUACAGAAGAAUAAUCCUAAGAUCAUGCUUCUGGAUGGUGCUGUCCCACCCAGUUACAGCCACAUGAACCGCAGCUCCCUCCUGGCACUGCUGCAUGUGCUAAUGCUCCUUGGAGAAAGAUGAGGACACUCGCCUGUCCCCCCAUUCUGGAAGCAGAGCACAAGUCAAUGAGCCAGAAGCAAAGAGGAACCAGGAAAACAGGAAUCCCACUCACAGAUACCUCCAGGGGCUGGCUACGUUCUCAUCCCCUUUCUUGUCUAACCAGCUCUUCCCAUCUGCUAUUGCUUCCCAACAGCUAUUGCUUAAUAAUGUGGCCACCUUGUCAGAAACUGGUUUGUUCUGGUGCCAAGAACAGAGAUGAAGGAAGGAGGCAAGAGAGGGUACCUACCCAGACAGCUCUACAGUCUCAAGUGAGGAGAGUAAGCAGGCUUUUCAAAAGAAGGUUAAACAAUCCUGUAGGAGCAUUCCUUGUUUCUCAUCCCUCUCCUCUGAAUUCCAUCUAGGCCUUUCAGAGUCUGAGCUGGAUAGAUUAAGAAUUUGAAAAGGACAAUUAAACAAGAUGUUUAGAGGUUGGAAAGGGAAAUCUUACAAUCAAAGAAACCCAUAUUUAUAGACAAAUCCCAAGAAGACACGGAAGACAAGUGACUCAUUCAAGCCAAAGCUGAAAUACCGGUGAAGCAAGAGGAAAGAGGUCAUCUUUGACACACUGUGGGAAACAGUGGCCACAGAGCAUGCCACCCUCCAAAAAUGGGGUUUGAAUCUUUGCUUACUGCCAACUGGUUAAAUAUGUGUGUGAACUGCUUGGUCCAGCCUUUUCAGGAGCUAACCCUUGGAGUCUGCAGAGCAUAAACUGCUUAAGUGUGUUUGGAUAUGGCCUGUAGCUAUUAGGACUACAGUUGUGAAUGUGAAUGCCUUAUGUUAGAUUACAAGACCUACAGGAUUUAUCUCAUGUCUUUAAUCAGUGAAAGUAGAUGAUUUGAGUCUUAGUUAUCUUAAGCUCUUUUUGUAAGCAGCGGAGAAGAAAAAGCAUCUUUUGAGGACAGGUUAUCCCAUGAUAAGACUGGCAUCCAAGUCAGAAGGAAUUACUUUCUCUCUGAAGAUGAUCUUUCUUUUCAGAUUCUAGAGCCAGCCUAAGACAACUAAUUUAAAUUUAAUAUGUCUAUUGUUAGGUUUCUAAAUUAGGUAACAUGAAUCCCAUCAAAUAUUCAGAUGCAAAGCCCUAAGUGAAUGGCCAUCUCUAAAAACCAAGCCAGUUAUGUGCCUGUGAAAACAUUAUUCUAUAACAAAUCUGUAUCCUAAGAUAAAAAGUUUUACUCACCUGAUACACUUCUUUUUUAGUUUCCAUUGACUUAAGUUGGUAGAAAUAUAGUUUGUAUUACAAGUUUUGUUUGCUAUUAGGGUGACUUUUAAAAUUAAUGCAAUUUAUAUACUUGUUAAUGUUUUGGGGGUUUUAAUCCUUGAUUUUGUUUGAUUCUGUUGCCAUUUUAGUAACCACCUGCAUGAAACCAACUUUUUUUUCUUUGAAUACGCCCUUCUUUUUCUUCAAAUAGCCUUCAGUUGUUGAUGUUUUCUUUUACAUUCAAAUAUUCAAUGCAAUAACUUUAGGUAGGUUCCAUUUUGCAUAAUCAUUAUGGUCACAUCUUUAAUUAUGUAAUUGAUGUCUCAUACCUUCCAACUUCAGCAAGCAGGGAGACAAGGAUCCUGCAGAUAAAAACUUCCUACAUAGUUAUGAUUUAUUCUUACAGCAUCAUUCCUCAUGAAUAAAUACACAGCCUUCUGGGAAAAUUACUCCCACUCUAUUCCACCUUCCUCAUUUUUGCCCUUGAAAUUCUAACACUGCACUCACAUACUUGCAGCUCCUAUUACUAUGAGUUUCUCUCACAUGCCUGUUGCUUCUCUUCUUUAAUACCCUGUACCAGCUGCAUUUUAUCCCAGCAGCUUCUUCCUCAUUUUUUAGGAUGUAUGCACACAUACAACACUGAAAGCAUAGGAGAGUGACCUCCAUAGUUUUUAGUUUCACGAUUUGGCUUCACAUGUUUACAAGAGAUGAGAAUUGUAGGGAAAAUUCUGGCUGAUCCCAGGCUGCAUAGAGCAUUUAGAGUUGAACUGUGGAGAUUGUUUAUGUGUAAUCUCAUGGCCUGUAGAGCUGUGGAAAGCUGGACUACACUCAGUUGAAGUGCAAAAUCUGCAAAAUUUAACCAAGCACUUCUUCAUCAUCCACUGCAUCAGACUGGAAGAUUAAAUAAUCAUCACCAUCACAGAUUUCUGUGUGCUAACCUACAUUCUCUCAUUCUUCUUCAACAUUAAUUCCUGGCCUCCCUUGCUGUUUUCUUCCUCUGGUACCCAAUAUAAAACUGACUAUGCGUAGUAUCCUUGUGAAAAGCCUUUGGGAUGGCAGUCUGCACAACGGCUCUGCUGCACUUUCCUCAGGUGCCUCUGCACUCAAGGCACAGAAACCCACAUUUGUGUGGGUUUCAACACUCAUUUGGAGGCAGUAAGUGGCCGUGAGACCUGCCUCCCCAGUGUUCAAUGUGAUCAAAUCUGGCAGUCUCAUCUGUCCUGCUGUGUUCUGUGGUUGCCUCCUUCAGCCUUGCUUUUAUUUCACACAGUUAUUCCUUUACCAUCAGACACAGAUUUGGGGGUGAGGAGAGGUGGUGAUGGUAGCUAUUUCUUCCUUACUAAGAAGCAAUAACUUUUUAAAAAUAGACAUCUGCUGAGAUUCAUUUGGUUUCUGGAAUUUCUGUUUUCUCAGUUUAGGUGGUCCAGAUGCCUUAUGGCUGAAAAACCAGAAAGCUUCAGCCUGCACACUGCCAGCUAACUCAGGUCCUGAAAAACAAAGUUGCAAGCUGAACACACCUCCAAGUGUCACAGCCAAUCCUACACAGAAAAGAACCUUAAGUCCCAAGGGUCGAGUGCUGCUAGGCAUCAUGCUAUCUCUUCCCCUGAGUUUCCCACCAGUUUCCAAAGAAAUAAAAAUAAAAUGCCAUCUCUGGCAGAAACAUGAGUUACAGCUUGUCCCCCUGUGCUUCCAUUCAAGGCAUCACUCCCACUCAGAUGCUGCACCCGCUGUCCUCACCAGUGUGCUGCUGCAUGGCUGCAUUUGAAUUGGGUCACUCAAACAAUUCAGGUUAAAAAUACACCACCACAAUCACCAAGAAAAGUUAAUUUUAACUCAAUCAUUGCAGUGAUCCCGUUGGGUUUUUAUUCUGACUGUAUCUAGGGAAACAUGACCUCAAUUCUGGUCACCAUAACUGCUAAUCGAACUCCACCCAUCCUUUGCUCAUAAAGGAAUCCACACAUUUGGAUGUUAACUCUGGACUAUAAUGUUGUUUUCAGAGUUAAUGGUAGCCUUUCCAUUGACUAUUUUAACAGACAUCUCCUGGACCAAAUACAGAAUUUGGAAAAUUGCAUUUUGAAUCUCACUGUGACCCUUAACACAAAAGACAGGGAAGACACAAUAUCCAACACACAUUGAUAAUGACCAGCUGCAGCCUUUGGAACUGUGUGUUACAUCUUCUGCACACAAAGAAAGCUCUCACACUUCCAUACAGACACCUGGGAUCUCAUACAGAACAGGUCAAGUGCCAGCAGCAGGGUGACCACUCUAACUUCAAGGAUCAUGUCUCUGGUGCCAGCCAUUGUGGUAGAGCCUAAUUGGCAAAAUUACUCAGUAAUAUGCAUAUACAGUCCUUUCCUUUCCUCUUUUCCUUUCCUCCUUUCCUUUCCUCUUUUCCUUUCC